CAAACUCUCACGCCUCCCUCUCCCAAACUCCUUCAGUUCACGAGUCACGAGUCACGCUUCCCUCUCCGUCAGCCUCACUCUGCGCCUUGAGCCGCGAGGCCGUGCUUAAAGUUGGCUGAUUUUGGCUGAUUUUGAUUUUGGUAUAUAUUGUUUAUCGAGGUAUCUAUAACAUUGGCUGAUUUUGAUCUGAUAGAGAAGGCUGGGGGGUGUGCGGUGGUGGACGGAGGCUUCGCUACGCAGCUUGAGAGACACGGUGCUGUCAUCAACGACCCUCUCUGGAGCGCUCUCUGUCUCAUCAAAGACCCUGUUCUCAUCAAGCGGGUUUAGUCGUGACCUCAUAUUGUCUCUGUCUCUCUUGUUUUCUUGCUGCAAGCCAAGCAAGAUAACGAUUCCACUUCUGGGGGAAUUGCUGCAACAAUGCAAAAUCUGCACCGUAUUAUAUCCCGUUUCUCCUCCACUUCACUAGGCUCAAGCACCACUACGGCCAGAGUUUUGGCAGACAGAACCAAAACCAAGUUGAGUGACACUAUCAACCUGAGAGGAUUUUCAGCAAAAUCUGGUGAAAAUGAUGGUAAAGAUGAGUGGGACAAGACUCUGGCAGGAUCAUUUGGCGAUGCAACAUCGGGUGAUUUGGGGUGGGAUUCUGUGUCUUCUUGGUCGACUGGAUUGACCAAGGAGCAUUUUGAUGGUGAAGUCCCCCCGCCUGCUGGAGGAGAUGCAUCGCAUUCUUCGGUUAUCUCUGUAAUGCAAGAGAUUGAUGAUAAGGUGAGAGAAUUGGAGGUAGAGAAUCGCAAAAGCAAGGCAUAUGUAGAUGGAUGGGGUGAGAGGAUGCGGGAGAUGAGUGUGCUCCUGAAGCAAGUAAGAGAGCCUGGCGCGAGAGGGUCUUAUCUCAAGGACUCGGAGAAGGCCGAGAUGUAUCGCUUGCACAAGCAGGACCCUGAGGUUUACACGGUUGAGAGGCUAGCCAAGGAUUAUAGGAUUAUGAGGCAGAGAGUGCAUGCCAUUCUUUGGUUGAAGGAGCUUGAGGAGGAAGAGGAGAAAAAGCUUGGGCAUCCUUUGGAUGAUUCUGUUGAGCUUUUGCUUGAUACCUGUCCUGAAUUCUUUAAUUCCCAUGACAGGGAAUUCCAUGUGGCUUCCCUUCCUUACAAACCGGACUUCAAAGUUAUGCCCGAGGGUUGGGAUGGUACCACCAGAGAUCUGGAUGAAGUCCAUUAUGAGAUCUCCCAGAAAGAAGAUGAAAUGCUUUAUCAAGAAUUCGUCCAGAGGAUGAACUUCAACAAAAAGAAAAUGGCUGGAGAGGUGAAAUGCCACAAGUAUAGCCGGCGCCGUCCAUCGGAGGGUUGGAAUUUCACGGUUGAGAAAAUGGGUUCGCGAGGGAAGCGAGGAGGUGGUGGUGGAUGGAAGUUUGUCAGCUUGCCUGAUGGUUCUAGCCGACCUCUGAAUGAAAUGGAAAAAAUGUACGUGAAGCGAGAGACCCCCCGCCGCCGACGCAAGAUACUCCCCUGAUGACCAUGUCUCGGUUCUCAAAUCUUGUCAUCAAGGAUUUUUGUAGUUUGUGUAUCUGGUAAUUGGGAUUCUGAGGUGGUGUUGACCACAAAUUUCAUGUUUUCCCCUGCCAUCAGCUCAAUCCUUCGUUUUGCUUGGGAGUAUGAUUAUGUUACUUUUGUGGUAGAACUUGUUAGGGGCUCAACCUUUUUUGUACAAAGUUGCUAUAUGAGCAAUGCUUCUUUCUUGCCUCUUAUCUAGUCUAGGCUUGAGGAAACUUAAAUUCAUGCGAAUGUUGAUGCAGCUUUAAUUAACAGCUUUCAUAUGCUUUUA